CUGCGCUACAGAGCCGUUGGUUCCAUCCCGUGCAUAAAGCCGGUCCGUCCAUGUCGGUGUAAAUUCCUGGCACGUUCCCUUUCCAGGCCAGAAUAGCUUUCGGCCCUAGUCUGCCAUCUUUGUGUUCUGUUCACGCCUUGGUACCGGCCAACAGAUCAAGUUUUACGAGCCUCAGACUACAUCCUCGCCCCUCACAAACCCGAAUCUUUGUCUCUGCAACACCAUGAGCGGACCGUCUAAAAAUGACGGGGCUUCACGAUCCCAGUCGAACGCAGGCCUCCCGCGUGCUGGGGCAGUUCGUUCUCGAGCCACGGUCAGAGCCUCCUUGGCUUGCGUUUCCUGCCGAUCCAAACAUGUCAAAUGCGAUGGCGGCUUGCCCGCCUGCGUACGCUGUCGGCUAGAGGAAAAACCGUGCUUUUAUGCAAAAUCACGCCGCGGGAUUCGAUUUCAGAAGAGGCCGGGCAUGAUGAAAGACGAAGCCGAAGCUCUCGCGGUAGAUGGAGACGAGCACUCUGAUAAUACCCCCUCUCCGGAUUUCGCAGGCCUCAAAAUACCAGUUAAUGUUACCAAGCCGCUUCCCGGAGGAUGGGUGGCAGGUCCCCCGUCGCGAACGACUCGAUCAAUCAAAUACUUGUUCGACCACUACUACCUCUAUUUCCACGACUCACACCCUUGGUUGCCGCCUAAGAAAACGAUGGGCCGUCUUGUCGAAGCUCGAUCGGAAGAUUUCGCCUUCACGAUUACAAUGAUACUUUACGUUGGAUCGAUGUACACCAACAACGUAGAUACCACUCCGCUGCGUGAAAGAGCAUACGAUAUGGCCACGGGGCCUUUGCAGACAACAGUCUGGAGUGUCCAAGCAUUGUUGUGCAUCUGCAUCGCAGCACUGGGAGAGGGACACAUCAAUCUGUGCGGAUCUUGGUUCCAGAAAGCACUUGAGAUGGCUUUGGAGUUGGGGCUUCAGAAUAAAGGCUUUGCUGACGUAGAACCCGAUCCCAUUCUAGCCGAAUCGUGUCGCAGAACAUAUUGGGCAUUAUACCUCCACGGGUCGCUGCGGACAGUACGAGAACACUUGGGUCACUUCCAACUCUACUGUACAGCAACAACAACGGAGCUACCUUGUGAGGAGUGGGAGUACCAAGCUGAAGAUAUCCCAACACCCGUGUCUCUCAGUGAAUUCCGCCAGAAAAGUACCUCACGGGACUACUCUUCGUGGGCAUACCUCGUCGACUUAGUUCGGAUCAGCGGUGAGAGCGUGGUGCCACUCCUCAAUGUGGGCUCCGAGGCAGAUCCGGAGGCGAUCGAUAGAGCAGAUUCUCGGAUUGUGUCCUGGCUACUACAGCUGCCGCAGUGGAAGAAGGAGCUGGUUGAUCCUGAGGGAGCAGUCGACAUGAUACUAUAUCACGCGUUAGGAAUAGCGCAUGGUCUUCGGAUCCGAAUCCAACUCCACCUUCACGGCGCCGGGGUACACUUCCGAGUUCCUGACCUGGUCAGAGACGGUCCCAUCUUCCGCCCCUCGUCUCUGCUCCCAUCCAGCGUAACGACGAAAUCGCAUCCGUGGUUGUACGGAUCAACGGCACUCCAGGGGUCGCUAGCCUUGGUAGGGCUGUUCAAAUUCCACCUCCCACCGGAGAAGUUUUCCCCGUCCUGCACCCUGGGUCUUGAGAGGGCAGCCAUGCCUCUUCUUGACGCAUACCUAUAUGGUGGCAUCAGAACACCGCUGCUGAGAGACAAGAUCAUGCUGUUGGCGAAUGUCCUUGGCAAGGCGGGCGAGUUCUGGCCAAUCGCAAAGGCUGUGUCUGAAGACAUUAUACAGGCCCUUGGAGGGGCAACGGACUCUGGCGAGCAGGAGGGAGGAGAGCACGAUGGUUGGGAGCGGAUAAUUGAUCGUCUUGUCCCGUCGGGGCCAGACGAGGAAGAGGUGUUCAACUUUGUACCGCCGAUGACGACAGGGCAGAUGAAUGAGUGGGCUGGACAGAUGCUGGGGUCGGGACCUGGGCCGGUGAAGGUCGAGGAGCCUUGGAUGUAGCGCAUUCGCAUAAGCACGGUGUUGAGGCUUGGUUUUAGCCAUUAGAUAGUAUGUAUGUCACAUUGAGGCAGAUGCCAGUAGUCUAUUUUGAUUUGUGUUUUUUGCGUGGUUGCGUGUGUUUAUUGAUUUCGUUG